GUUUGCCUAAUGGUCAAGCCAGUGAUUUCGGCUGGUGCGCUGCACGAGCUCAUCCGCCAGUCUGCCGCGUACCCUGCAUCUGCAGCCCUACGAGUCAUCGAUUGCUCGUGGCACAUGCCCGCCGCCAACCGCAGUGGUCGCAAGGAGUUUGAGCAGAUUCGCAUCCCAGGCGCUCAGUUCUUUGAUAUCGACGCGGUCACGUCGAAAUCGCCGUACCCACACAUGCUGCCAAGUGCGGAGCAGUUUGCGCAACAUGCUGGAAGCGCACUUGGCGUCAACAACAAGACGCACGUUGUCGUGUACGACAGCCAAGGCAUUUUCUCGGCUCCGCGGGUCUGGAUGACCUUCCGUACCUUCGGCCACGAAAACGUGUCCGUGUUGAAUGGCGGCUUGGUGGCCUGGAAGCAGGCCAACCUCCCUCUGGAAACAACCAAACCCGCCUCUGUUACCCCUUCCCAAUUCAUCGCCAAGCUGAGCCCCAACCUCAUGCGCGACUUUCCGUUCGUCGACAAGCUUGUUCGUGACAAGCAAGUGAGCAAGGACAAUGGACUCCAGAUUGUUGAUGCUCGCAGUUCGCCGCGUUUCCAAGGCACAGUGCCCGAACCUCGUCCAGGCCUCGCCGGUGGUCACAUGCCUGGAAGUCGCAACAUCCCAUUCACCGAUUUGCUCGACCCCAAGACGCAAUGCCUGCUCUCGGAUGACGAAUUGCGUCAGGUCUUUGCCCGCGCCAACGUCGAUCCUCUUCGCCCACUGGUCGCUUCUUGCGGCUCGGGUGUCACUGCGUGUGUCAUUGCGCUUGCUGCCUUCCAGCUUGGGAACAAGAGCGCGGCCGUUUAUGAUGGCUCCUGGACAGAGUACGCGUCGCAGCCUGGUGCGCUUAUUGAGUGUGCCAAAAAGUAGUGUGGCUGAAGGUUGAUUGUUGCCACUCUGAGUACAGUACAUCGUCAUUGCUCCAAUCGCC